AUGGGCUCACUCUCCUCAGACUCCAAUCGGCCAUGGAUUGAGACACCAUGCAUUAGAUCGGCAACGCUGUCCCGCUUAGCAGGAUGUAACGUUUAUCUCAAGCUUGAGAACCUCCAGCCCUCAGGGUCUUUCAAGUCCCGCGGGGUCGGAAACCUCAUGGCUCGUGCCGCCGAAGCUGCCCCAGGAGUAGGCGCACACUUUUACUGUUCGUCCGGCGGCAACGCUGGCCUGGCAUGCGCAACCUCGGCCAUCGCCCUCAAGAGCAAGGCCACCAUUGUCUUGCCCACGACGGCAUCUCCUCUCAUGAUCUCGAAGCUGCAAAUUCUUGGUGCACACUGCGUCCAGAUCGGCGAGAACUGGGCCCAGGCGGACCGCCACCUUCGUGAAGAGUUGCUGACCAAAGACCCGGCCGGUGUCUAUGUGCCGCCCUUCGAUCACCCGCACGUCUGGGACGGCGCCGCUACUAUCAUCGAUGAGGUGGCCUCACAGAUCCCGGGAGACCUCGGUAUCGACGCCGUGGUGUGUUCUGUUGGUGGCGGUGGCCUGCUCAGCGGCCUGCAACAGGGUAUUUCUCAGCGUGACUGGCUCAGCCGGCCUACACCGAGGCUGAUGGCGGUCGAGACUGUGGGUGCAGACAGCCUUAACGCCAGCGUGCGUGCCGGAGAACACGUCACACUCCCGGGCAUCACAUCCAUUGCGGGCUCCCUUGGCGCAGUGCGUGUCGCGACCAAGGCGUGGGAGGUUGCACGAGAUACCCCCGGCUUCAAGAGCGUGACAGUUACUGAUGCAGAAGCAGCCAUGGCUUGCGUGCGCUUCGUCGACGACGCGCUGCUGGUCGUUGAGAUCUCUUGUGGAGCGACGAUUGCCACUGUUUACAACGGCACUCUGCGGAAGCAGCUAGGCUGCGACGUGUCGGAUGAGGAGUGGUCGAAGAAGAACAUUGUCCUUAUCGUUUGCGGUGGCUCAAAUGUUACCAUGGAGAUACUAGACGGGUACCGCGCCAAGUUCGGCAUCGCCGUAUGA